AUGGCGCAGCACGAGACCACGACCGCGGCGCUCGGCCUGGGCGAGCUGGGCAUCCAGAACGACUGCAAGGUGUUCCACAACCUGACGUACGAGCAGCUCGCGGACCACGAGAAGAAGUUCAACGAGGGCACGUUCGUGGCCAACGGCACGUUCGCCGUGGACACGGGCAAGUUCACGGGCCGCUCGCCCAAGGACAAGUUCAUCGUGAAGCAGGCGCCGUCGCAGGACAACGUGUGGUGGGGCUCGAUCAACCAGCCCACGACGCCCGAGGUGUUCGACGCGCUGUACGCCAAGGCCGCCAAGUACUUCAGCGGCGUGGACCGCAUGUACGUGUUCGACGGCCACUGCGGCGUGAACGAGAAGUCCCGCCUCAACGUGCGAAUCAUCACGGAGCUGGCGUGGCAGCACCACUUCGUGACCAACAUGUUCAUCCGCCCCGAGUUCUCGAGCGUGGCCGAGAACUUCAACGCCGACUUCACGGUCAUCAACGCGUGCAACGUCGUGGACGAGGACUGGGAGGCGCACGGCCUGCACUCGGAGGUGUUCGUGAUCUUCAACAUCGAGAAGCACAUGGCCGUCAUCGGCGGCACGUUCUACGGCGGCGAGAUGAAGAAGGGCAUCUUCAGUAUGAUGAACUACUACCUGCCGCUGAACGGCGUGAUGGCCAUGCACGCGUCGGCCAACAUCGGCAAGGCGGGCGACACGGCCAUCUUCUUCGGGCUGUCGGGCACGGGCAAGACGACGCUGUCGGCCGACCCCAAGCGCGAGCUGAUCGGCGAUGACGAGCACGGCUGGGACGACGAGGGCGUGUUCAACUUCGAGGGCGGCUGCUACGCCAAGACCAUCGACCUGAGCAAGGAGAACGAGCCGGACAUUUUCAACGCCAUCCGCCCGAACGCCAUGCUGGAGAACGUCUGGAUCGACGCCAACAACGAGCCCGACUACUUCAACUCGAGCAAGACGGAGAACGGCCGCGUGUCGUACCCGAUCUACCACAUCCCGCACCACCAGCCCAACUCGCGCGGCAACCACCCGAACGCCGUGAUCUUCCUGACGUGCGACGCGUACGGCGUGCUGCCUCCGGUGUCGAAGCUGUCUGCGGGCCAGGCGCAGUACCACUUCCUGUCGGGCUACACGGCCAAGGUGGCGGGCACGGAGCGCGGCAUCACGGAGCCGCAGGCGACGUUCUCGACGUGCUUCGGCGCGGCGUUCAUGACGCUGCACCCGACCAAGUACGCGGACCUUUUGAAGAAGAAGCUGCAGGAGCACAACACGCACGUGUACCUGAUCAACACGGGCUGGACGGGCGGUGUGUACGGCGUGGGCAAGCGCAUGAAGCUGCCGUUCACGCGCAAGUGCGUGGACGCGGUGCUGGACGGCAGCAUCAACGACGCGACGUUCGUCAAGGACCCGCUGUUCGGCUUCGAGAUCCCGACGGCGGUGGCGGGCGUGCCGUCCGAGAUCCUGAACCCCAAGGACUCGUGGACGGACAAGGCGGCGUUCGACGAGACGGCACUCAAGCUGGCCAAGUCGUUCAAGGAGAACUUCAAGCAGUUCAUCCUGCCGGGCAACGACCUGUCGGUCUACGGACCGAACGUGUAAGUCUGAUUAGGCUCAAGCGUCCGCUGCAAUUGAGCUUGCUGCUGCUGGUGGCCGGUUGCUGUAGGAGAAUUUAUUUUAUCUAUCUAGCUUAGUGGUGUAGUUUGCAUGUGCUCUGCUUCAUCGAAUUCGAGUCAAUAUACGGCUAGUUUAAACAUGC